AGACUUGCUUCGCCUCGCCUUCGUGUGGGAGGGUGGCUGCUGACUGCCCACCUCGUGCAGGCUGCGCUGCCCGAGCUCUCCGAGAUGAUCACCGGCCUGGCACAGUCGCGCAGCGACAUUGAGAUCCAUCUGAAGCUGCUGCAGUGUGUGUCUGCGCUGCUUGCGGCGCACGCCAGCAUCCACGGCGAGCUGCUCUCGCGCAUCCUGCUCGUCUGCUUCCGCCUGCAGGAGAGCAAGGUGGCCGUCGUCAGCUCAACUGCCGCGGCAACGCUGCGGCAGGCCGUCAUGACGGUGUUUGACAAGGUGCGAGACGAGGAUGCCGUCUUGGCGGCACUGAAGGGAGGCGAUGAAGAUGCGGCUGCUGCUGCGCCGCUGGCAUGCAUGACCAUCGAGGUGCCGGGCGCCGAGGACGUGACGCUCUUUCCUUGCUCGCGCGAUGCGUACUCGGUCAUCGACGACCUCAACUCGCUGGCCAGCGGCAAGGGCGCUUCGUUCCUCGCGCUCGCCUCGCUGCCGCGUACCUUUGCGCUCGAGCUCAUCGAGUCCAUCCUGACGAACCAUGCGUCGCUGUUUCGGCCCGCGACGCAUCCGGAGCUGCUCCUAUGCCUGCGACAGUCGACAUGUCCGCUCCUCAUCCGCUCACUCAGCGAGCCCGCCGUGUUUCCGACGACACUGCGCCUCAUGCGCCUCCUCUUCGUGCUGCUGCGGCACUUCAGCGCCAAGCUGCGCGUCGAAGUCGAGAUCCUGAUGAGCAUCCUGCUGCGCCUGCUUGCGCCGCCUGCUUCAAGCGAGACGGCCGAGGGGCAGCAUCCGACGCCGCCAUGGCAGCGCGUGCUGGCCAUGGAGGUGGCACGCAGCCUGUGUCAGGACGGCGCGCUACUGCGCAAUUUCUGGCGCUGGUACGACGGCAGCGACAAUUCAGCCUCCGUCUUCACAGGCCUCGUCGAUGCCCUGCACCGCCUCUCCAUCGAGAAUGCCGGCAUCAUUGGCCGCGCCGACGCCGCUGAGCAGAUGAGCGGGCCUGAGGCGCCCGGCUCGCGCGCAAGCGUGGACAAGACACAGCCCGCACGAUCUGGCUUCUACCAGGCGGCGCGCGGGGUGCUGGCUGGCGCGUCCGAGACGGGCGCUGGCCUGAGCCAGACGAGUGUGCCGGGCGUUCAGCUGCUCGACCAGCUCGACAAGAUCGAGGCGCCGUCGCCGCCGCCCACGUACAUCUACCUGCUGGCGCUGCAGAGCCUCACGCAUCUGUCGCAGUCGAUUGCGUCAUUCGUGCUGCCAGCGUACAGCUCAUACAUCAACGCGUCGCCGCGUCUGGCCGGGCGCGCGCCGCCCGCCCUCGAUCUCGACACAUACGACGGGCCACAGCGCGACGAGCUCCUGCUGCUGCGCAGCAUGAUUCAGCAGGCCUGGCCGCUGCUGCUCGCGAGCUUCACAUUCUUCCUCUCGGCCAAGUGCGACGAUGUGCUCUUCAGCGAGGUGCUGGUGGCGCUGCGCAACUUCACCAACACCACGGGCGUGCUCAGCCUCACGGCGCCGCGGGAUGCGUUGAUCGCCUCGCUGGCGCGCUUUGCUGUGCCGCGCACCGUACUCAACCGCCUCGAGGAGGCGCGCCGAGCGAGCCGCGAGGACGACAGCAGCAGCGCCAACUUUGUGGCGCUGAGCGAGCGCAACGCCGCGUGCCUCAAGGCCAUCACGCACAUCUCAUACUACCUCUCGGGCAGCCUGGCCUGGCGCGACAUCCUCGAGACGCUGUGCGAGGCCGAGUACGUGCUGCGCCUGACGGGCUCGCGCCGGCGCAAAGGCGCGGCCAGCAGCGAAGGGCCCGAGGAGGGCGCGUACAGCCCGCGUGCAUCGAUGGCCUCGUUCGCCUCGCUCUCGACGAUUGCUGCCGGCUUCCAGUCCGGCUCGGCGCUCGAUGCCCGCACCAAGAAGCCCGCAGCGAUGAGCGGCCUCGACACCGAGACACUGCUCUCGGACAUCGCGCGCGUCUUUGAGAACACGGGCGCGCUGGACCAGGGCGCCUUGACAGGCUUCCUGCAGGCGCUCGUGGCGCUCGUCGCCGACGUCACUGGCGCGAGUCCGGCGGACCAGCCUCCGCGGCGACGCAACUCGGCGUCUGCCGCUGCGCCUCUGGCACGCUUUGCCUCGACGCAGCGCAGCUUCGCCAUCACGAGUCUCGAGCUCGUUGCGAUGCUCAACGUCGCGCGUCUGGCCGUCGCAGAGCCCGCAUGCGGCUGGAACAUCGUCGUGAGCCAGCUCGUGGACGUGUUCUCCGACAACGUCGUGCGAGCAGUCCUGCGCGUGCAAGCCUCCGAAGCCCUCGACAGCUUCCUGCUCGCCUGCAUGGGCGUCCGCGACGCGGAGCUGGACGCGGCACGGUUGCAGAAGCAGGUCCUGCACGCUCUGGCGAAGCAAGCCGUGCUGCAGCCGCACCGUGCUGGCUCGACUGAUCUCGAGGUGCGCAAGCUUGCACUCGAGGCACUGCUGCGCAUCCUCGAGGCACACGGGCACGAGUUGACGACGGGCUGGGAGACAAUCUUCCACGCUUGCUCCGCGGCGUGCGCUGGCACGACCUCCGAGCCGGAAGAGGGCACCGCUGCUGCUGCCGGCAGCGUCACCAGCUCGCGCGGCUCCAUGCCCUUGAUCAAGGCCGGCUUUGCCAGCCUGCAGCUCGUCUGCUCCGACCUGCUCUCGUCGCUCACGCUCGCACAGCUCGAGCUGUGCGCGUCGACGCUGACGUCCUUCAGCAAGCAGACGGAAGACAUCAACGUCGCGCUCACGGCAAACGGCACGCUCUGGACCAUCAGCGCGGAGCUCUCAAGUCGCACGGACCAGGGUGCCGAUGCUCUCGCGCCGCUCUGGACGCAUCUGCUGCGCUCGCUGCAGAGCGUCUCCGCGGACAGCCGCGCCGAGGUUCGCAAUGGCGCCAUCUCGAAUCUGUUCCGCGUGCUGGAGCAGUACGGCAGCACGCUGGAUGUCCGCACGUGGAGCACCGUCGUUCUGCCAGACAUCAUCUUUGCGCUGCUCAGCGCGCUCGACGAGGCCGCCCGUGCAGCUGCUACGCAGACGCCGGCCGCAGAACAGCAGGACCAGCUGGCAGCCACGCUAGGUACGCCGCAGAGCGCCGCCAAGCAGUGGAACGAGAGCCGCGUGCUGGCCUGGACCAACGUCGGCAGGAUCGUGGCGCAGUAUCUUGGCGACAAGAUCAGCGUGGCGGACUCCUUCGAGGCGCGCUGGCAGGAGCUGCUGCAGCGCGCGCAGCGGGCCUUCCUCGAGAGCGCAGCGCCGGUGCCGCAAGCUGCCAUGCUCGCGCUACAUGGCAUCGCCAGCGUCGACGCAGGGGGCGCGCUGCAAGCUGCGUGGGAUGCCCUCUGGCGCGUCUUGACCGACGUCGGCCAAGCGCUUCCCGCUGCCGACGCCUCUCUGACGCAGGCCAACCUGCUGGCCUACGUGCAGACGGUGCAGGUCGUGUACGCGCGCCUUGCCGACGAAUUGGAGUCUGCGCGCCUCGACGCCAUGCUCUCGUGCCUGAAGGCCUGCGUCACAUACUCUCGCAGCGCCGAUCAGCCGCCCGACGUCGACGCACUCACGCCGGUGCAAGCAGCCGUGCGCGGAUUCCUCAAGUCGAUGCGCGUGCCUGUGGAGCUGCGCAGCCGCCUGCUGACCGAUCUGGCCGAGUUCUCCACGCUGGCGUUUACCGUGGCACCGGCCGAGCAUGCGCCGGGCAUGCAGCGCCGCCAGCCCACCUACGUGGCGCUCCACCGGGCCUCUGCACAGGAUGCGCUCGAGCGCUUCGAGGCCUUCAAGGGCUCCGUCGACGUCUACACCUCCGGUGCGCUCGACGCCGUGUUCGUCAGCCUGAUGUUGCCGAUCAAGCUCAAGUACGACUGCCCGGCGGCCAGUCGGCACGCCAAGGAGCCGCCGCGUCCGCUGUGGCAGAGCGCGGCCUUGACGUUCUGCAAGAUUGCCCGCAGCUGCUGUCUGGCUCUGCAGCAGCACGGCGACGAGCUGCCGGACGAGCACGUGCACGCGCUCUGGAGACAGAUCGUAGCAGUGUUCGAGGCGGCGCUGGGUGCCGACAACUCGCUCGGGCCCGCGCCCGGCAGCGAGGCGGCCGACCGCGACGAGGUCUUUGAUCUUGUCCUCCUCGCAACGCUGGAGCAGGACAUCCUGCCUUUCCUUGGCGGGCCGUGCGUGCCAACGGGCCUCAUUGCGUCGCUGUGCGAGGCCCUCGCCCGCGCAUCCUCGCUCUACGUGUCCGAUGCCUCGCCGGGUCGAGACGCACGUCUCUCUGGCAGCGUCGCGCCCAUCGUCGCCUCGCCGCGCGAGCACCAUGCGUACUGGACGCUCGACCUGCUCUUCCUCAUGUGCUCCGACAGGUGGUCAGAUCAUCUGCCGUCGCGACAGCGAGUCGCGGCCGUCGCACUGCCGAUCCUGCUGCGGCGCUGCAGCUCGAGUCUCGAGGCACACGCGGCCGACGCGCCGCUGCGAGGCAUGGCCGCGGCACCGCGAUUGCGCGACGAGGAGCUCGUCUACCUUCUCUCCUCGCUGCUCGAUCUGCAUCUAUGGCCGGGCUGCAUGGCGCAGGCCGAGGCGGAACGACGACCCGACAGCGCCGCCUCGUCGGCGCUGCGCGACCUCGUGCAGCAGUCGCCGCGUGCACAUCUCUUUGCGCUGCACCCCAUGCUCUGCGCGCUCCUCGCUCUGCGGCCACCUGCCGGCGCUCCGCUGCCGCCGCCUGCGCUCGCCGGCACGAGCCGCCAGCUCAGCGUGCCCGUGCGGCUACCCGAGCAUCUGCGCAGCGCACACGUCGGCACCGCCAACCCGCUCGGCAGCGCACGGCUCGAGCGUGCAGGGGCACAGGACCCUCAGGCGCUUGUACUGCGUCUCUUGCGUGUGCUCGGGGAUCAGUGGGUGUAGGGGUGCUCGGGGCCGGCGGGAGAUGGACAGGGUAUAAUGCGAUGCGCCGCGUGUGGGAUGACCCUCGAAUGUGACUUCACAUUCCGGCCUCCAGCUCCUCCCUCGAGUCUGAUGGGUGGAACGCCAAUCGAGGCCUCAGCAGCGCUCCGAUGUCGCCUGCUUCUUCGUGUGAGA